AUGAAUCGACUAUUUGGCACGAAGAAUGCGGCCCCAAAGCCCACACUCGACGGCGCUAUCUCAAACGUCGAUAACAGGAUCGCUAGUAUCGAUGUCAAGCUCGCAGCCCUAAACUCUGAGCUCGCCUCCUACCAGUCCAAACUCGCGAAAAUGCGCGAUGGCCCCGGCAAGAAUGCAAUUAAACAAAAGGCACUUAAGGUUUUGCAGCGCCGUAAACAAUAUGAAGGCCAGCGAGAGCAACUAUCUCAACAGUCUUGGAAUAUGGAGCAAGCAGGCAUGAUGCAGGAUAAUCUUAAGAACGUGAUGACGACGGUCGAUGCGAUGAAAACAACCACGAAGACUCUCAAGAAGCAGUAUGGCAAUAUCGACAUUGACAAGAUCGAGCGAAUGCAGGAUGAAAUGGCAGACCUUAUGGAGAUGGGAAAUGAGAUUCAAGAGAGCAUAUCGCGGGCGUACGAUAUUCCAGACGAUGUGGACGAGGCGGAGCUCGAUGCUGAGUUGGAAGCUCUGGGUGAAGAAAGUCUGUUUGAAAGCUCGAUGGCCGAGAGUGCGGUACCCAGCUUCAUGCAAGACGAGGUGGCGCCGCCUCAGUUCAUCGAUGAGCCUCCGGAGCCGGCAAAGGUCAAGGAGCCUGCCUCUGGAUUGGGCUGA